UCCAGGAGAUACUGUGUACUUCAGUAAAUUGAAUAAUAUGCACGAAUCUCGGAGACCGUUUAUUUCGCGUUCUCUGCCUGGCGAACAUACUUCUCCAAAAAGUCUACCAGCCUCUCUACCUACAACUCCUGUAACAUUUCAAAUUCCAACUUCCUCUUUGACGGUUCCUGCCGCACAGCAAGCAACUGGUAUAGAAGGUAAACUUAUAAAACCGAGAAAUCGUCGAAGUCUUUCAACUUCUUCGAGUCAAAGUUUACUUAAGAAAAGCUUAUCAAAACCACGGGCUUUAUCGAAUCUUUAUCCUUCAAAUUUACUCUCGACUAUUGAGGGAGAUGCAAAUAACAGGUCGUCUUUUGAAGACUUCGAUUUUUCGACUUCUGGCAUUCUCCCUACCGGAACUAACUCUGGUUCAAAUUCCAGUAGUAGUUCCUCUAAUUCUCCAUAUUUGACUUCUUUUCCUUUUUAUCAAAGAGAAAGACAUCACUCUUUAUUUGUACUAUCUCAUCCACAACAGCAACAACAGCAAAGACCGUCAAUAUCAUUGCAACAACAAAAUUUGUUAAAUGUUCCUUCAACACAAUCAGGUACUGCUGUGUCUUCUACAUCAUCUCAACAAAAAUUGCCUCAUCAACCGAUCCAAAGUCGUCAGAGUGGUGCUAGCUCUCAACUUAAACGAUUAUUAAGUUUAAAGUCGGAAAGUUAUCCUUCAAAUACCCCUUCCUUAUAUUCUGACUCUGAGACUGACUCUUUGGAAACUGAUUCUGAUGCCUAUGUCACCAAUGAUGAACAUGUUCUUUCUUCCUCUAUAAAACGAAAACCUUCAUUUCAAAAAUAUAGAUUUUUCCCUGAUUUAUCAAUUGAUGCUGAACAAAAUCGUCUUAGUAAUUUGCAUAUUAUUGAUGAUGGUUCUCCAGAGUUUACUUUUCCAAAAGUUAAACGAAAACUUUUAAAAGAUCUGGAAGAGGCAAAAAGUCGUGCUGAUAAAAGAAUUAUGGUGAUUUUAGAUAACUGGUAUAAGUCUCACCAAUAUCAAGAACUUUUAAGUGAAUUUUUAUAUGAUGGUUGGAGUGAUGAUGAUGAUAUACAACAUUCUCCAAUCAAAAUUCAAAAAAAGAGUAGUCAGAAAACAUUGAAUAAAGAGAAGGCCAGUCCGGUCAUUAGUGAUACUGAUGAUGAGGCCUCUCACCUAGAUAAGUUAUCACCUGAAAUUAAAUCAAUGAAGAAAGAUGUGCUUGCAAAAGAUAAAAUUACACAUAAAAUGGAAUCUUUGUCAUUAUAUGGUAAUACAAGACCAAAAAACAUUCUAAAAAAGAGUAAAAACUUUAAAAGAAGAUUGGUUCAUUCGAAUAGUUGGCCUUCUUCAAUUUUAA